AUGUGCUUCCUCAACAAGCCCAAGGGUGAGAUGACCCCGGAGGAGCUGCAGAAGCGGGAGGAGGAGGAGUUUAACAUGGGUCCACUCCCCGUGCUCACACAGUCGGUCAAGAACAACACCCAAGUGCUCAUCAAUUGCCGCAACAAGAAGCUCCUGGGCCGUGUGAAGGCCUUUGAUAGGCACCGCAACAUGGUGCUGGAGGAAGUGAAGGAGGUGUGGAUCAAGGUCCCCAAGAAUGGCAAGAGCAAGAAGAAGUCCAAGCCAGUCAACAAGGACCGCUACAUCUCCAAGAUGGUCCUGUGUGGGGACUCGGUCAUUGUGGUCCUGCGGAACCCGCUCAUGCAUCGCCAGCAAGAAGGGGCCUUCUCCCCACCGAAGCCCCCUGGCCUCGCUCAACAGUGA